AUGUAAAUUUAUAAAACUUCUCUUUCAACUUAGGGAUUCAGACCUUAAUCAACAGAAUAUUAUCAUAGAAUACAAUCUGCUAAUACUGCAAAUACUAUUCAUAGCAAUAGAACAAUUCCAUAAUAAACUAUUUCAUCCAAUCGUAGUUAAACUAGAAUUACAACUGCAAAACCUAUUAGAUCAUUUAUCAUUAGUAAAACUAUUAAAUCCAAACCUAUUGAAGAUGAAGAUUUUGAUGAAAUCAUUAAAACAUCUCAUGAUCAAGAUCUAUUUAGUAUAAUUUUUAUUAAAUUAGAGUUCAAGCAUAAAUGUAAUGCACCAUAACAUUUAAGAAUGGAAUAGAUCUAUAGAUUCAUUUAUGAUAAAAAGACAAGCAAUAAGUAAAAAUAUUCUAUGCAAAGUAAAAUUAAUUAGCAAGCCUUGCCUGUGGCUAGUGGCUCAAUUAGUAUUAUGUUAAAUGUUGCCAGAAAAGAUUAUGGAUUUAAUUUACAAUCAUUUAAAAAAAAAAUAGCUCCAAAAUCUAAAUUUAAAAUGAAAUGGAAAACUAUUUAAUGGUUAUUAAAGAAUAGAAAAGAUGCAAUAAGAUAAAUAUUUUAAAAUUAUUAAUCUAUUGUAAAAUAAGCCAAAGACUUUCCUGAUGGAUUAAAUAGAGAAUAAUUCUAAGGAUUACUUAUUUCUUUUGGAUUAGGAGCAGAUAAAAAUUUAGCAGAAAAAUUAUUUUAUGUAUUUGAUGAAGAUUCUAGUGGUACUGUUGAUUAUAAAGAACUUAUAGUAGGUUUAGAAGUUUUGAAAGAUGAUACAAUUGAUGAAAAAUUAAAAAGUAAUUUAUCUUAAACUUAAAUAGAAUAGUCUUUUUUGAUUUAUGUGAUGAAGAUGGAUCAGGUAAAGUAAGUGAAAAAGAAAUCUUUAAUAUUUUAAAGUAAAAUAUCAUAAAUGAAAAUGAUAAAUAUUAACUAAAAAUGGUUAUUAGAGAAAUGAUCAAAUAAGUUGAUUAAGAUGGAGAUGGAGAAUUAAAUAAAGAAGAAAUUCUAUAGGCAGCAAGUAAAAAUCCUAUUCUUCGCAGAUUACUUGAAUAAACCAUUUCUAAUGUAAGAAGAAUAGAUGCAAUCAUAUAAAAUGAUUUAGAAGAACCAUUUCAUUAAUUUGUACCUUCUUCUGCAAAUUUUAUAUAAUAAAAGGAGGGAAUACAUUUUGCUACUCAAUAAAAAUUAAUUGAUGCUUUAGAAGAAAUUGAUAAAGUAAUUCUUUCAUUUAGUUUUAGAUCCAUGAAAAAGGUAAGAAAAUCAAAGAAUAUACAAAACCUGAAAAUCAAAUGGGACUUACUACCUAUUAAGGAUUGCAAGAGAAAAAAUUUCUUGAUGACUCUUAAUUUGAUUGAUC